UCAAGUACAAAUGAUUUACUAUUACAACAUAAUGAACGUCAUCAUCAUCAUCAUCGUCAUCCAAAAUAUCACAUCAAAAAACCAUCAAACACACUAGGAUAUAAAUUACUAAACUUCCCAUACUUCACAAUAAUCAUCACAAUUAUAGACAUUGCAAUAUUCAUCCUAGAACUAGUUAAAAUGAAUCAAUUAACAGGUUCUGCAUUCCAAACAAAACCAUACAUAAAUCCAAUGUUGGGACCUUCAUCAAACGUUCAAAUCUAUUUAGGCUCAAGAUUUGCUCCAUGUAUCCAUCCAAUCUCGGGAAUUGAUUCAGGGAACUUGGAUUGGCCAUGUCCAAAUUCAACAACUUUAGAAACUCAAACUUGUACAAUUAGUCAACUUUGUAAUUCAGAUUCAAAUACACCAAGACAAACUUGGAGAUUAUUAAGUGCAAUGUUUUUGCAUGCUGGGUUUGUUCAUAUCAUUUUCAAUUUAUUAUUACAAUGUACUAUGGGAUUAGAUGUUGAAAGACAAAUUGGUUCAAUAAGAUAUAUAAUCAUUUACAUUAUAAGUGGUGUUUCGGGGAACCUACUAGGUUUAAAUUUUGCCCAAGAUGGAAUGUCAAGUACAGGUGCAAGUGGUGCAUUAUUUGGUAUCAUUGCUGUUAAUUUAUUAAUCUUUAUAUUACAUAGAGAUAAAAAAACUGUUCGUCACUAUGGAAUUUUAAUUGGUGUCUUAUUAUUCGAAGUUGUUGCUUGCUUCGUACUGGGGUUAUUACCUGGCUUGGAUAAUUUUUGUCAUAUUGGUGGAUUUGUAUCAGGGUUAUUAUUAGGUGUUGUCUUGUUAAAUGAUCCAAAAUUUGUUAGAUUAGAUAAAAAUUAUAGUAUUGAUUAUGGUUAUAAGAUUCAAGGUUUUGGGAAUUCCAUUUCUAAUCAUAUGGAUAGUAUAAGGAGAAGGAAAUUUGCCAUAUGGGUCAUCGUUAGAAUUGUGGCACUCACAUUACUAGUUGCAUGGUUUGUUGGAUUAUCACUUAAUUUUACAAAGAAUGGAGGUGGUCAUUGUUCUUGGUGUAAAUAUUUCAACUGUCUCCCCGUGCACAAUUGGUGCUCUCAGGGUGAUUUGGCAUCCAGCAUUUCUUCAAAUACUAGUCCA